AUGAAAUAUAAUAUCCUCAUAUUUUUAAUAUUAUUAUCAGGCACUUACACAACAGUACUAUGUGUAAGGAAUCAGGAGGAACCAUCUGCUUUAUCCUCUUCUUCUUCAGAUAGCAGCCAUACAACUGGCGAAAGGGGAACCGAAGGACAUGGUGCUGGUCAUCAAGCAGGAAAAGAAGCAGAGAAAGCUCAACAAUUGGAAUCCACCGGAACCGGGGUAGGUGGUCAGGGUCAUGGAACUCAAGAACAUCAACAAUCUCUUCAAGUCCCUGAUACUGAAAGUGAAACUAAAGUACAGGAUCCCCUUAAAGGUCCCGAUGGCGGUGUUCCAAAAGUUGAAGGUGAUCUAAAAGGACCGGGUUCUCCAGAUGGCCCUGGAAAAGGUCCCAGCCAAGAAGUAGAAUCACCACCCCGUGAUUCCGCAUCUUCUACUCAAGAUGGUGCAGGAGUCGGAGCUGGAGUGAAACCUCCAGAGGUCCCAAAAGAUACGGCAGAUUUACCAGAAUCAGGGUCAUCCUCUUCUAAAACAACACAAGAGCAGGAGUCUGCCUUGGCUGCCAAAGCUGAUCCCUUAAAAGUUCCUGAGACUCGACAACAGAAACAACCAGAGGGGCCGCCGACGGGUCAGCUUCCACAAGCUUCACAACAACUCCCUUCUACAAAAACUGACCAGGCUAUCAAUCCACUUCAACCACAACCAGCGCAACCCCCGGUAGUUAAGAACCCUGAAGUCCCAUUGCCACAACCCAGAUUGGCGGAGAAUACUUUGCCGGAUGCUCCACCCGCUACGCCGCCUGUUACUGCUCCACUGGAAAGUCGCACUAAAGAGGUUGCUAUAAAGCCAGUUGUUAAUCCAACUCCGAAACCUACAACGGACAGGGCUCAGACUACCACGGAGGCAGGUCAGCAAGCUAAUGCCCAGGGUACGCCUGGAGCUGGAAGUGGCGCCAACGCCACCCAGGAAAAUACAGAAGCUAAUAAAGACAACCAGGUUAAGGAAGUGCUCAUGUCAUCUUUGAAGGAGAUGCAAACGGAUUUUGACAACGUGAACUCGACGGAGAUGGUACAGCCGCCAGCAGACAAGGCUGAUGCUGCAAAGAAGUCGUUGUGUGAAUCGUUUAAAACGGAUCUGGUAAACGUCUGUACAGCCUCAGGACAGAACAGCUCGGCGGACCUGUUGACACUGGUGAACAACUACUACAGGAACAACGUGUGUAUGACGGAGCACUCGCUGAACCAGCUGUUUAACAAGGACGGAGAAUUCGCAUAUAAGCUGUUGACAAGCCACCUUGCUCAGUUCAGCAAGAAGGCGCCGAACAAGAGCACGCAAGACGUGUACGACAAGUCAGUGCCGGUGGUGACGAAGCUGGCAGACCUGAUGAAAAACGCAGAACUGGCUCUGGUGUCGGACAAGGUCAAGGACCUGCUGGAGAAGAGGAACCUGAUACUUACGUCGGCACUGUGCGCAGUAGCCAACGCGGACCAGAACGUCAUGGCGAGCACUCAGUUCGAAUCGGGCCAAGUAACGCUGACGCUGAACCAAGAGGACUACAUCAAGGAAACGACCGAAGCAUUCAUGAAGGCAUAUGCACCGAUGGCAGAGCUGCUGAAGGAGUUUAACACGCUGAUGCCGAAGCUGUUGGACAUAUUCGAAGCAGGAUUUGAAAACAAGAUAAACAUGUUGACUUCACUGGCAAACUCAAGAAACACACCGGCACAGCCAAGUGUUGGUGCACCAGCUGCCGGCCGCGCACCUGGAGUAAGCGCCUCUGGCUCUGCACCGGCAUCUGCUAGUACGACAACAACGGGAGCUGGCAGUGGCCCAUCGCCUCCAUCUACAUCAAACGCAGCAACAGGUCCACUUCCAAGUGCACAAGCUACCGAUGGACUGACAAGGCAACCAGCAGCAGCCGUAUUGAAAACGGAAGCAACUAGACCCGCUGCUACGACCACUUUAACCACAGGAAGUACUGGAUCAACUGGUACCAGGUCAACACUGCUGCAAUUCGUAGGAGACGACAACAGGGAAGUGGCGGCUGUACACGGACACCCGUCGCUAAUACAAAAGUUUAAAUCAUUAUUGCAAGUUUCCACCACUCCACUGGCCGCAACCGGAUCUGGCCCCUCUCCAACAUCGCCUAAGGACCCUGCACCUACCACUCCUAAAGAGCCUGCUCCAACAACACAUGAAGCAUCUGGACAGGUGCUUACAGGCCAGAAUAUCGUAACAGGUGGAUCUGCCACCCAGGGUUCACUACCAGGUGGAUCGACGACCCAGGAUUCAGCAAGAAAUCAGUUAACGAACCAAGGACCUGGUUCAGCCAAUGUUGCGCAAGGACAGGGGUCGGAAAACAGACCAGCAGGGGCAGCUGCAGCUGGACUUGGACAAUCUAGCCCUGGAGGCGCACAACCGGGUGUAUCAGGAAGUCAGAGUGCUGGAGGACCACAGGUCGAUGUAACUAGACUUAAUGGAAUGGAAUUGUUAAACAGAACAACACAGGGAGGAGUUGUGACAACAGACCAUUCACAGCACCAAUUGGCUACAUCAGGAACUAAUUCGGUUCUGGCCAAACUAGGUCUAGAAGCGGCGACGAGGGCAGAGACAGACGCACUGGUUACAGGAACAGGACCACUCGGAGUACUCAGUCAGAUAAAAACGAAACUGGCGGCAUUGGUAUCAAGAGGAAAUUCAGGAGCACAAGCACCUGCAAAAGGAGCAGCACCAAGCGAGGAAGCAGCGAAGAAACUAAGAGAAGUUGAGGAGGAGCAGCAGUUGUUCGACGAAGCAAUGAAGCACUUCAUGAAUUUGGGAUUGUUUAAGACCAAAGGAGGGAAGUUUGUGGCAGAAUUGGACGAACAGAAGGUCAAGGCCCUAGUUAGAGCAAACCUUUUGACACUCAACGACUUUGACUCGUUGUACAAUCUGGUGGUUGGACCGCAGAGGUCGCUGCACUCGCUCUACGCGUUCAUGGAGCACAUGCUGUUGUCCCCGGACGCAGACGAGAAGAUAAAGCACCUGGAGGAUUCCAAGCUCCUGGAGCGCAUAAAGAACAUGGUGAGCCCGUUGGAAGAUCUGUACGAGCAAAUAAAGGCAAACGUUCCAAAGCUGACACUGAGAAGUCCCAGCCUGGGCGCGGACUCGGAGCUCGAAGCGCCAGCGAGACCCUCAGGAGAGGCCGCGGGAGAGCACGUAAACAGAAGAGGAAAAUUCUUGCUAGUUUCAAACUCCAGCGGAGUAAAUUUAUCGGAUCAUAACCUCUUGAUUAAAUUAAAUAAACUAAUCCAGAACCUAUCGACUAGAUCUGGAUUUAAGGUAGGUGGAGACAGCUAG